AUGACUGAUAAUCAACCAUUGAUUCGUAUUAAACUUGAUGAUGUGAAAAAAACACGUCUACCAUUACCACAGCCAACUACGACAGUUGCUCAAUUUCGUGAAGAACUUGUUAAAGUUGAUCGCAUAUCCACUAAUUUUUAUUUUUUGGAUGCAGAUGAUUAUACGAUAAACCCUGAGCAAGAAAAAUCAACUUUACUUAGGGAAUUAUUGGAUGAACAAAAUGUAGUUCGAUUAAAAUCGAAGGAAAAUAUUCAAGUUCCUAACAAAAAACCAAAUUCUGCUCGAGAACGAACUGAUUUAAAUUAUUUAUCAGCAAAUACACAGUCAAUAACAACUUCUUUUCAACAACCAAUCAUACCCGGUUCGAUUCCAGUUCAUUCAACAGUUCAACCAAUUUUAGCUAAUUCACUUGAUCUUGAUGAUUGGAAAAGAGUAUUUGAUACUUGUGGUUUACUUUGUGGUAUUCGAAUGGAUGAAAAAGAACCUAUUCGUGCUAUGCAACCUUUUUUAAAAUUUAAAGAAUUAAAUAAUCCUAUGCCAUUAAUUCAAGUUUAUGAUAAUUCUUAUAUUUGUUCAUAUAUGAGAAAUAAAAGAAUGGCAAGUUCUUUUGUAUCAAAUAAUUAUUUUGAUGGAAGUCUUGAGUUUUCUUCUCCUUUGUUGGGUAUUGGAAUUGAUAUGACAUAUUCAAAAAAGAAUUCAACGACAAGUGAACAACGAACCAUAUAUUCAACAUGUGUUUUUAAUUAUCCACGUGUACUUAUAGAAUUGAAUUUAACAUAUCUUGAAGCAACUCAAUCAUUUAUUGAUGAUAUUAAUUAUGUUUUACAAAAUACACCCACAAAAAAUGAUUUAGGGAAAGUUUUUUCAAGAUAUGGUCAUGUUUAUCCCCAACGAGUUGUUCUUGGUGGUCAUUUAUUUCAUACAGAAGAUCAUUUAAUUAAAGGUGAUGUUAUUGAAGAAGAAAUACGAAGAAAUGUGGAAGGUCGUUUUAGAUCGGAUUUUUUUAAACAAUUUGAAAUUCAUGCGAAUAGUGAUUCUUCAAAUAGAUCAAGACAAGAAACAAAUGAACAGAGAUCAUCAAUUACUUUUCAAGCUGUUGGUGGUCAUACCUUACUGGUUCAUAAUCCAACAGCAUGGGAACAAACUGUAACAGAUCCAAAGCUUUGGCGUAUUAUUCAACAAGAUGAUUAUAAACCAGUUACUGAUUUACUCAAUGGACAACAACGACGAGCUAUUGCAGGUUAG